GUGCUCACUUCUCCUCUGAAAAGAAGCGAGGAGCAGACCUCGUCCCUUCUCUCCCUCGCCAGGAAGAGAGGAGCUGGGCCGCCCGAGGCAGGCAGCGCGGGGGCAGCCGCCAGCAGGCGCCUCCUCUAACGGCCGCCGACGCUCGGCGCCAAAAUUCAAUCGUUGCGAGCGGCUGGGAGCGGCGCCGGCGGGUUAUAAUCUAGAUACCUUUCUUCAUACUCUUGGGAGGAAUACUUUGCCUGGUCCCUUAGGAGCAUAGAGAAGAUGUACCUCAAGUCAAUUGUUCUUGAAGGAUUUAAAUCCUAUGCUCAGAGGACGGAAGUUCGUGACUUUGACCCAUUAUUCAAUGCCAUUACUGGCUUGAAUGGUAGUGGCAAGUCCAAUAUCUUGGACUCAAUCUGUUUCCUGCUGGGAAUCACCAAUCUGUCACAGGUGCGAGCUUCCAACUUGCAAGAUCUAGUUUAUAAAAAUGGGCAAGCUGGAAUUAAUAAAGCAACUGUGUCUAUUACCUUUGAUAAUUCUGACAAGAAACUAAGUCCACUGGGAUUUGAAGGUAACGAUGAGAUCACCAUCACCAGGCAGAUUGUCAUUGGAGGUAGAAAUAAGUAUCUUAUCAAUGGUGUGAAUGCUACCAACACUCGCGUGCAGGAUCUGUUCUGUUCCGUUGGACUCAAUGUCAAUAACCCUCACUUCCUCAUUAUGCAGGGACGAAUUACCAAAGUUCUAAAUAUGAAGCCACCAGAGAUUUUAGCUAUGAUUGAAGAAGCAGCUGGUACUAGGAUGUAUGAAUGCAAGAAGAUAGCUGUCCAGAAAACCAUAGAGAAGAAGGAAGCCAAGCUGAAAGACAUUCAAACGGUCUUAAAUGAGGAGAUCACUCCAACUUUACAGAAACUGAAAGAGGAACGAUCAUCCUAUCUAGAAUACCAAAAAGUAAUACGAGUAAUAGAACAUUUAAGCCGCCUCUGUAUAGCUUAUCAGUUUGUUCUGGCUGAAGAGACAAAGGUAUCCUCUGCUGACGUAUUAAAGGAAAUGCAGGCUAAUGUAGAGAAGCUUCAGGAAUCAAUGACUGAAAGUGAAAAGAAGGUGAGACAACUUAAUGAAGAAAUAGCAGAGAUGGGAAAGAAAAGGGAUGAGGAAGUUCGUGGUACGCUCCAUUCACUGCAAGAUGCUCUUUCAGAAAUGCAAAGAGUUAAUACUAGAGCACAAAGUGCCCUUGAUCUUAAGAAGCAAAAUUUAAAAACUGAAAAGAUUAAGUACGAAGAACUGGUAAAAAGUAUGCAGGAGGAUUCUAAAGCAUUAGUGUCAAAGGAGAAAGAAGUAAAGAAGAUAGAGAAAGAGCUAAAUGCUUUACAGGAAGCAAGUGAAAAAGAUGCAGGUGCUUUAGCUGCAGCACAACAGCAUUUUAAUGCUGUGUCUGCUGGCUUGUCCAGCAACGACGAUGGGGAAGAAGCUACUCUUGCUGGGCAGAUGAUGACCUGCAAAAAUGAAAUCAGCAAAGCAGUAACAGAGGCUAAACAGGCUCAAAUGAAGUUGAAUUAUGCACAACAAGAAUUAAAGACAAAACAAGCUGAAGUUAAAAAGAUGGAUGGAGGCUACAAGAAAGACCAAGAAGCACUUGAAGCUGUCAGAGAAACAAAAGAAAAACUAGAGAACCAAAUGAAGCAGCUGAACCAUGAAGAAGAGAAAGAAGAAGCCCUUUUAGCGAAAAAGAAGGCCUUGACUCGUGACAUCAGCUGUCUGAGAGAAUUGUAUGAAGGUUUAAUGGCAAAGUUUCCUCAUGUACAGUUUGAAUACAAAGAUCCGGAAAAAAAUUGGAAUCCAAACCGUGUGAAAGGCCCUGUUGUGUCUCUUAUCACUGUGAAAGAUCUAUCCAAAGCAAAAGCCCUAGAAGCAGUGGCUGGAGGGAAACUCUAUAACAUUAUUGUGGACACAGAGGUUACUGGCAAAAAGCUUUUAGAAAAGGGUGAACUAAAGCAUCGAUACACCAUCAUUCCACUAAACAAAAUUUCAGCCAAGUGUGUUGGACAAGACACGGUCAAGUUGGCCCAAACCUUGGCUGGUCCUGAUAACUUGCAUUUAGCCCUUUCUCUAGUUGAAUAUGACUCUGAACUACAGAAAGCAAUGAAAUAUGUCUUUGGAACAACACUGAUCUGUAAUAACUUGGAUAAUGCUAAGAAAGUGACCUUUGACAAAAGGAUAAUGACGAAAAGUGUUACACUUGAUGGAGAUAUGUUUGACCCCCAGGGCAUUCUGCACGGAGGUGCGCGCUCACAGGCUGCACCAAUAUUGUCUAAACUUCAAGAAAUGAAAGAUGUUGAAGUAGAACUCAGGACAAAGGAAUCUGAACUUGAGACUGUAGAGAAUGAGCUGGCAAGCUUGAAGAAUGUUGCUGAAAAGUACCAGCAACUGAAGCAGCAGUGGGAGAUGAAGUCUGAGGAAGCAGAGCUGUUGCAAACGAAGCUUCAUCAAAGUGCUUAUCACAAGCAAGAGGAAGAGCUGCUUGCCCUGAAGAAAACCAUUGAGGAGUGUGAAGAGACAUUAAAGAAAACUGAAGAGAGCAAAAAGAAAGCAGAAGAUAAAUACAAGGUAUUAGAGAAUAAAAUGAAAAAUGCAGAAGCAGAAUGUGAAAAAGAACUAAAAAAUGCCCAGCAGAGACUAGAUGGUGCCAAGAAAAAGGCAGACGCUUCAAGCAAACAAAUGAAAGAAAAGCAGCAGGAAGUUGAAGCUUUAGUUCUGGAACUUGAAGAGCUAAAACAAGAACAGGCCUCCUACAAACAACAGAUAGCGGCUGCAGAUAAAGCAAUCAAAUCCUACCAGGAGCAAGUUAAUGCUAUGGCAGCUGAGGUGUCUAAGACAAAGGAAUCUGUAGAGAAAUCACAGAAGGAGCUGGCCAAGCAAAAGGAAGUAAUUGUGUUACAGGAUAAAGCAAUUAAAGCCAAAUCUGCAGAGAUAGUAAAAUACAGAGACCAAAAUAAUGAAUUACAGCUUAAGGUUAAAGCAUUAGAACACAACAUCAGCAAACGUCAACAAGAGGCGGCUGCUGCUGCUGCCAAGAUGACCAAAAUGCUGAAAGAGUAUGAGUGGAUAGCUUCAGAGAAACCACUUUUUGGUCAGCCAAACACAGCCUAUGACUUCAAAACUAACAAUCCUAAAGAAGCACAUCAGAAGCUGCAGACAUUGCUGGAGAAAAAAGAGAAGCUGGGAAGGAAUGUGAACAUGAGAGCUAUGAAUAUGCUUUCUGAGACAGAGGAGAGGUACAAUGACUUAAUGAAGAAAAAAAGAAUUGUAGAGAAUGACAAGUCAAAAAUUCUUGCAGCUAUUGAAGACCUUGACCAGAAGAAAACUGAAGCUUUAUAUAUUGCUUGGAAAAAGGUGAAUGAGGACUUUGGUUCAAUUUUCUCAACACUUCUACCAGGAGCCAAAGCUAUGCUAGCAGCCUCUAAAACCCAGAAUGUCUUGGAUGGUCUGGAGUUCCGAGUUGCCUUAGGAAACACCUGGAAGGAAAACUUAACAGAACUUAGUGGAGGACAGAGAUCAUUGGUGGCCUUGUCCUUGAUCUUAUCCAUGCUUCUCUUCAAACCUGCCCCAAUUUACAUCUUGGAUGAAGUGGAUGCAGCCCUUGAUCUCUCUCAUACCCAGAAUAUUGGGCAGAUGCUUCAUACUCAUUUCAGACACUCCCAGUUUAUUGUGGUGUCCUUGAAGGAUGGAAUGUUUAGCAAUGCAAACGUCCUCUACAAGACCAACUUUGUGGAUGGUGUAUCCACUAUUACAAGAUAUGAUCAGUUUCAAAGCAGAAAUAAUGCACCUGCCCUCGAGGAAGCCCAGAAAAGAUGUAAGAAGGACAAAAGAAGAUCUGCAGAACCAGGAAACUUCUUCACUGGCCCUUCGAGUGUGCAGUAGCAACUUCUUAAGUGUUCUCAGUCUACAGCUAGGCCAGGAAGAAACUGUCUUGUUUUAAAAAGUAUUUUCAAUCUUGAAAUAGUGCUUUAUGUCUUAGCUUUUUGUUCACAUCUGCAGCUCAUUAAGAAUUGAAAUUCACAGGAGACUGUUGCCUGUACUAUUAGCUAAACUGUCCGCAUUUAUUCCUCUUGGUGUCCCAUGAUUAAUUACCAUCACCCCUCUGUAAGCGUUUACACAUAAAUGUACAUAAAAGUAGCUCUGUAAGCUCAACAGGAGGAACUGAAGCCUUUGAACGAGGGAAAUCUGAUUUGACUUGCAGUGUUUACGGCAUUUAGAAAACCUGUUGCAAAGUGUAAACACUCUCUUCCUCUCCUGUUGUCAAAUACCAGAGAAAAGUGGCGUACCAAUUUUUAAGCGACUGUAAUUGUUUUUGAAGGAGCAAGGCAAUCAUCAGCAAUUUUAACUCCCAAGUUAUUGUUACAAUUUUUUGCAAUUUGCUGCACUGAUUUUUUUUCCAAUAAAUAUCUUAAACUACACAACCUGAUUGUGUAUGUGCUC